AGCGUACAUUUGCAAUCGAACUGUCCGACGGCGCGGAGGACAAACACGCAGAAACAUAUUCAAAUAAAAUUUGCGCAAAGCAACGGUUUUUUUUACAAUAAAAAUAUAGGGGAGACAAUAUUUACUUUUUCUAAUUGCCAUAAAACCGUUUUCCUUAAGCGUUUUGCGCAAUCUUUCGUAGCGUCGGGGAAGAAUAUUUGCAAAUGAGAUAAAAUAAUAAUAAAAAAAUUGUCAAAAUUUUGCGUGCGGGUUGAAGAGAAGUAAAUUAAAAUAAAGUAACUGUGCAAAAUAUGUGAUAAUACAAAAACAAAACGUGUAGAGCGCUGCUAACAGGAGACGAGAGGUGCUUUGCUGGUGUGAAAAUCUAUGAAAAAAAUCGUUACUUUUCCCCUAAAUGGUGCUAACUAUUAACUGCUACUUUGUUACUUCCAAUACUUUGUUCGCCUGCACCAACGUCACAACUGUGCAAACGAAGGCAAAAGGGUUCACUAGCUGACCACUAGCGCACUCCACUCCGAUUCAAAUGCAACAGUUAAUACUUGAAUAAAAAUAAUUAGUAAAUGUAAAUAAUAAAAAUAAGAAAUUUAUUGCCAUUAAUUUCAAUAUUAUUUGAAAUACGAAUUUCCAAUAAAACAACAUUAAACGCGUUAACAUAUGUCACUUUCGAAAAUAGCUACUGGCUUUUCAGCGUUGACGCCUGAGCGUCCAGGCGCGAAGAGAGCCCAAUAGAGAGCACAGAACGUACGGCAGAAGAAAGCAGCAAGGCAGAGAGCUUUGUUGAUGCCAAAGUGAAUGCGAAAUACAUACAAACAUAUACAUACAUACAAUUACAAAUUAGAGAGGGGAGUAUUGUGAAGAAAUAAUAGUAAGAUCCAAAGACAAUCUCGCACGACAACGGAAGCCACCAAAGAAAAUACAAGAACAAGAAACACCCCACCAACACAAAAGGAAUAAAGCAAUAAACGAAAUUAAUAGUAUUGCCAGUAGGCAAAGGUAGCAGUAGUAAGCAACACAAACACACUCUCACACUAAGCAAACGCGCAUUAUACACCACCGAUUCGAAUUGAUACGGAGAAGCAACAAUAUGUUGAUAAGCAAAAGUUCCUAGGCAACUUGUUAAGCAAACACAAGUAUAAGUAUAGAACUAAUACACACACACACACACACAUAAACACACACUAACAAGCGAAAUAAAUUUAACGUUCAUCUUAAAAAAAAUAAAAAUCAAAUAACUAAAAGAGCCACCGGAGUGACAGCAUGCGAUACUUUGCAUCAUGUUGCGCCUCAAGUUGCCAAUGUGAACACUGUUGCAUGCGACAUGCACGAGUAAAGUGGCACAUGUGCUAGGCGAAGCAAAAACAAAUAAAAAAUUACAACAAAAUUGAAAUUGUAAAAGCAAAAUACUAAGAAAAAACAACGUAAACAAAUAAUAAACAACAAAACUAAAAAUUGCAUCAAUACAUGUGUUAACAAUAAUUAUUGUAUUGCAAAAAGUGAGUAAAUAAGUUUUGUUUGCAAACGUCAGUAAAUGAGCAGCUGAGAAUUCAAAAUAAAAUAUAAUUGAAAUUUAAAAAAUUGCAAAAUAAAUGAGUAAACAGAAUUAAUGUAAACUGUAAAAGAAACUAGUUCAAAAUUUUAAAUAAAAUAAAAAUAAAUAAAUGUAAAAAUGAUUGAAAUUAUGGAAAAGAAAAAAUAAAGAGCGGGAAAUAAAAUUUAGUAAAAUUUUUAAAAUAAAUAUAAUAGCAAGAAUAUUAUAUAAAUAAAUAGUAAUAACAAUAAAUAUAAAUAAAAGGGUGAAGCCCCUCCCUUGUUUUCUAUAUCGCUAUAACGGUUAGUCAUGGAAUAUUUCAUAUAGUAAUCAAUACCAAUACGAUAGUGCUUUCCAUCAAUGAAAGUACAUUAAAAUAUCAUUAAAUCAAAAGAAUAGGUCUAGAGGGGCAAACACAAAAAAAGUUGCCAAAGUUUUGAAUUUCCUUAUUUAAAAUUUGUUUGGAAAAAAUCUAACAUACCGCUUCAUAAUGAAAAUUUUUGGAGUAAUUUUUGAAAAUAAAAUUCAAAAAAAUAAAAUAAAUCGAUAAAAUCAUUUAAAUAACUUAGGUUGAACGCUGUGAAUUGAAAAUAAAAGAUUAUGAUUAGAAAUGUCAAGAAGCAAAUCAACUACGAACUUCUUGCAAUAAAUUUAAUUAAAAAUACUUUUUUAAACCUAUUUCUAGUUGCGGCAGCGUAGCAGAAGCUCCAUUAAUUAAAUAUAUGCUAGCUAAUGCAAGCAUAAGGAAUCAAUAAAGUAAGCCCUCCAAUAGUCGAACUAGUUAAAUUGAAAACAAAAAAUAAAUAUUAAAAAAAAAAUUAGAAAAUUACACAAAUUAAAUUACAAAUAAAAUAAGCGUAAAAUAAGAGAGCAACAAAAAUACAAGAAACAAAUCAAAUUAAUUGCAACAAAUUGCUGCGACAACUAAUUGCAAAAUAAACGCAGCAAACCGGCGAAAAAUGAUUUGGCAAAUGCAAUAAGGAAAUGAAUAACAAUAAACAGAACAAAGCAGAAAAAACUGCUAAAACAAUCUAAAUUAAAGCACGUUACAACUACAACUACAACUGCAACAAAACAAAACGCACACGAUGUUGUGUUUAUAAACAAAUAUUAAUGGUUUUUAGCUGUGAUAUAACGUCUAGCGAUUAUUUGAAACGAUGGACUUGGCGACCGUACCACCGGAGCUGGAGGAGCUCCUUAUCUGCAGCUGUUGCCAUUUACCCUUCAACGAUAACGACGCGCUGCCGAAGCUAUUCACGUGUCGCCACUACUUCUGCCUCAAAUGUGUCAAUUCGUUGCUGCGCGAAGGCAGCGAUGAACUCUACUGCGUACACUGCUGGAAGCGUACCGAACUGCAGGGACCCGAGCCACGUACCGACAGCUUACCCACCUACAAUGCGAUUCUAUAUCUCACACAGAAUUUGACUGCGCUUAGUUUUAAAAUGAAAUGCGGCGAACGUGAUCGGCAGCAGCGUUCGUCGUCGAUUGCAUCGAACGGCUCCACCGGCGCACUUAGCGGGAGCGGCGUUAUUAAUAAUAUUGCCAAUAACAACAACAAUAACAGCAACAAUAGCGAUGGCAGCAAUGGCAAUCUGAGUAGUAUAGGCGUUGGCGUUGGCAACAACAACGCCAAUAGCAAUUUGGAUAAAUUGAAAAUGACCGAAAAUUGCAUGACACAUGCCAUGCCCAACACAUUGUGGUGUAGCGUUUGCAAUAUCUUGCUUUGCCGCGCCUGUGCCGCAACCGAGGAGCAUCGCACACAUUUGGUGAAGAAUAAAAUCGAAGCCAAGGAAUCACUGCACUCGGACAUAUCAAAAGAGCUGCUCGGCAUGCAGAAGACGCUGAACGAUGUGCAACAUUUGGUAUUGAAGCAACGUGAUUUUUUGCUCAAAAUAUUGGAGAGCUGCACCACGCUCAAGACACAAAUCGAGGCGGAGCUGCUGAAUCAUAUGCCCACUUUGGAGAUUUCCGAAAUUCGUGAGAACCUAUGCAAGGCGCGUCUUUGCCUCGAGAUACUGGACAAGCAGACGCCAGCUGAGGCUAUGAAGCUCUAUGCUACACUGCAUGCCGAGAAGCAGCGGCUCAUGGCCAAGUAUCAGGAGAUGUUUCUGCAAUGCAAACUGGACGAUAUGAUACGUAAUUGUGGCUAUGUCUUCGAUUUCGAUCUUAUCAAGCAGGCCCUCGUACAAAUGCAUAAUUGUGUGCUCAAUGGUGGCAAUUUGGAUAACUUCGGUGUGGGCUCGGUAAUUGGUGGUCUCAAUGGCAUAACGACGUCCACUCAUCAGAACCCGGUUUUGCUUUUGGCCAAUUAUUGCAUUUCGCAAUUGUAUUCGAGACAUAUGUUGUUGUUGAAGCAACAGCAACAACAGCAGCAGCAACAGCAGCAUGCACAACAGCAACAACAACAUUUGUUGUCCAACGGUUUGCUCACCUCGAUGAUAUCGCACGUGAGCCUCUCCACGACUACCAAUGGAAAUUUGCCCACUUCGAAUGCCAAUUUCACGCAUGCAACAUAUGCACAGGCAUUGCAACAGAAUCAACCGUCGAGCAACAGCGUGGCACAACAACAAGCCAACAAUCCAACUUCGCCCGUACACAAGACUUACGCCGACAUCAUUGCGCUCUCGAGCAAAUCUAACGCCAGCCUGCAAACCGCUCAACAGCAGCAACAGCUGUUGCAACAACAAGCCGUAAGCAGUAGUUUCUCCGAAAUCGCACCAAUUGGCACACCGGCAACAACAUCGAACACAUCAGUGGUGGUUGGCGCACAACGCAACAACACUUCACAUCUCUUUUCCAGCACCGAUCUCAACGGUUUAGGUCUAAGCUUAUUGCAUCUGCAACAACAACAGCAGCAGAGUGCUUCGAAUACACAACAACAAACGAAAUCAACAUUACUACUUAACCCCAGCAUACACGUCUAUCCCAUCUACUAUUUCAACAUCGAAAUCAAUGGGCAGCACUCCGGCCGCAUCCUCAUAGAGGUGCGCAGCGACGUAGCGCCGAAAAUGGCGAAGAAUUUCAAUGCACUGGCCACUCAAGAGCUCGGCUAUGGUUACAAGGGUUGUCACAUUUUCCAGUGUUGGGAAAACGAGAGUAUUAUUACAGGUGAUUUUGAAUUAAAUAAUGGGCGUGGCGGACGCUCGGUAUACGAUGAGGGCUUUUUUAUGCCGGACGACACAAAGAUACUAGCCAUACGCGGUUCGGUUGGCAUGAGGCGAAGUCAAAAGCGUCACGAUAAUUUAGGUCUCGUUGGUUCACAGUUCCGUAUAAUUUUAAGAGAAAUGCGCGGUUUUACAGGCAUAUUUGCAUUUGUGAUCGAGGGUUUGGAUUUGGUGGAGAAAAUAUCACAAACCGGCGAUGCGACUGGUAAGCCACAGAGUAGUGUUGUCGUUGUCAGUUGUGGCAAAUAUCAGUUGGGUUAAGUGUCGUAAAGGUCUGAAGUAGGGGUUAGAUUUUAAGAUUUUACUUUCAAUAAUGCCAUCUUUUUAAUAAGCGUACGUUAGAAAAUUAUAUUAAAAUAUCAUGAGCUUAGGUUUCCUACCUAUGUAAAUCAUGUUUUGAGUAUGUAUUGAAGAGUACGAGCGGACGGGUGUGGAGGCACUAUUAUCAGAUUAAGGCAAAUACUAAACGCAACUGAAGAAGGGAUCGUGAUUUUCAUAAAUACAUAAAAGUUGCUUGAACCUUAAUAUUAUACUAGAAUGCAAGCAGCUUUCGAAAAUGUUAUUUUUUAAGCUUUAUUUAAUUCGGAAACGUUAUUUUUAGCUUUAUUUAAUUUUUUUUUAUUAAAUUAACUUUAUGUUUUCUCUUCUUAUACUUAUUCCUAUAUUUCACACAUGAAAUCACAUUUCAUCCAAAACCUUGAUCUCUCUAUUGGCAAAUGAUACCUUAAUUGAGCUCAAUUUACUAUAUAAAAAAUCCUUCGAUGUAAUUUACAAAAUGGUAUCACUCAAUUUGAUAACAAACAAUCACACUUACUCGAAUAUUACACUCACUUCCUCAAAGAAAAUGUUAAUUGAGCUUAAUUUAACAAGCAAACAAUCCUAAAUGAGCAAUUAAUACUUGAUUGAAAGUAAAAUAUGUAAUUUUAAUUUAAUUAAUUUAAUGUAUAUCGCUAAACUGAACUCAAUUUCAAAUAAAAGUCAUCUUAAUUAAAUAGUGUCUCAAUAAAAAUAAUUUAUUCAAUCUAUCAUUAUAAUUGUUAAAGUUCAGAGUUUGUUUGAUUUCAUGGAAUUUCGUACAAAAUUCUCAUCGAGUUCCUUACAUAAUUAAUUUACAUAAUUAAUUAAUUUUAAUUAAUCGAUAUAUGAAAACUAGUAAUAGACAAACAAAAUUUUAAAAUUUUUGGCGAUUUUCAAAUCUAUAAUUUUUACUGAAUUAAUUAAUUUUAUAAUUAAAAAAAUGAGCAAAAUCUUUUGUGACGUUUCGUCUAACACACUAUAUCCACUGUCUAUAAAUAUAUACAAAAAAAUUUAAUUAAAAAGGAAAAGCUCUUUUUAAAUUGUGUUUCAAACUUUCACAAUUAAAAACUCGAACUUCGAAAACAAAUAUGAAACAAAACCAAUAAAUAUCAUAAGGCUUCAACAAGAAGUUGAAUAGUGAGAAGGCAAAAGUCCAAAUUAAUGGAUGUGCGUGUAAACGUUAAGCUAGUUUAAACGUCCGCUCAUCAGACUGUUAAAAUCUGCAAAAUGCCGUAAUCGAUAGUAAGAAAACAAAGACACCCACACAACCUUUAACUCGAAAAUGUUGCUGUAUUCCUCUUUUCUAAGGCACUCGUUGAAACAGUCAAUAAGAAAAUUUGUAGCGAAAAAUUUUCACUAAUCAAUACUUUGGGGUAAUCAAACGAUAUGAUUUGACUAACUAAUUUAACACCGUGACAUACAACAAACAAAGAACAAAGUGAAAACGUCUAGGGAAUUUCUACUCAUGGAGUAGUAAGCGUCAUUUUAGCACUUUUGUAGAGCGACAAAGCGAAAACAAAAACAAAAAAACGAACAAAAUUUAACGAUGAAUAGUUAAAAUUUACGGAGAAUACACGAAAACUUAGCUACAUAAGGGCACAUACUUGUAGGUUGCUUGUAAACCGGUUGACGGAACCGGAAAUGAAGAAUAUAAAUAUAUAAAUUGAGCCAACAACGCAAUAAAACAUAAAUGUGAGAAUAUAUACGAAGAACUAUGUAGUUAUUUACAUAUAUACAUAAAUAAAUAAAUAAAAUAUAUAUAUAUAUAUUAUCUCGAUGUGUAGCCUUGAAGUGUUAAUAUUAAAAAUAAAUACACACACACACACAAAAAAAGUGUAUCAGAUAAAACACUUAAUUUAAAACUACGCAUAAAGACAGAAACUUAUAUACAUACAUACAUGAAGAUAAUAUAUCGCAAUAUAUAUAAAUAUAUGUUAGGCAAAACCAAAAUCAUUACACAUAUAUUAAACGUUAAACUUAAAUGUCCAAGAAUUAAAAGAAUGAGGCGCAUAAAAAGUAAAGAAAAAUAAUUAAAUGUGAAAUUAAAUAUUCAAGAUAGAGAAUAUUAUAGUAAACUAUCCAGUAUUAAACGAUUAAUUCCUUGAUGACGUUUAGAGAGCAUUCAAAACAAUGCAGAACUUUAGCAACAAAAACAUACCUACAAAUAUACCAAAACAUAGUUAAAUAGUAUAGCAUAUAUUUACUUAAAUGCAACAAACAAGAAACAACAAAACAAACAAUGUUGAAUAUUGAUAUUGAUAAAUACAUUUGUCUGAAACAUUUGUGUUUUAAAGCGCUACAAGUGUACCUGUCUUCAAAACGUUAUAUUGAAAGUCUAGCGAAGAAAAUGCCGAAGUACUAUAAGCCAAAACAGAAACAGAAACAGAAAAACAAAAAAUCAUAUAUGUAGAGCAAAAGCAACAAAUUUGGCAACUUCUAUACCUAUAUAUAUAUAUAAAUAUAUAUAUAUGUAAAAGAAGCAUGAUUAAAGAAUCCCCUUCAACAUUUUAAAUAUACGAGAUUUCAUACUAAAACUAUAUUCUAACUUUACUAUCUAAUUAAUUUUUGUAUAACACGGUUUUUUGUGCUAACAACUUUACGAAAGAAUAGUAGGAAAUGAAAAAAAAAAACAAAAUAUGUACCUACAAACCUACAAACACGUAGACAAAAAGUAGAAACAAUUUAGAAUCGAUGCACACGUUUAUGAGUAAAAAAAAAGAGGAAAUUCCCAGCGAUUUUGAAAGCCAUAAUUUUACGAAAUAAAAAGCUUCGGCAUUUGAUGAUAUGAAAAUCAAACACAUAAGCAGUCUUAAAUACAACAAAAACAUGACUGCACUAACCAUUCAUACUUAUAAAAAGAUGUAUGUUUACACUUCGUCAGGCAUGAAACGUUUAUCGUGAAAACUAACAAUAGUUAUCGAAAAUAGUCGAUAACAACUUUUACAAAACUAUAUUUAAGUUAUUUUAUGUUAUAUGUUAGUCAAUACUUUAUUUCUAUACAACUCACAGCAUAAAUCAUUUUAUCGGAUUUAUAACCGUCGAAUUUUCUUGCGAUAACAUAAUAUUAUUAUAUCGGAAACAAUUAAAGUUAUCGCUGCAAUAAAUCAAAAUAAUAUUUUCAAUCAGUCAGUGAAUUAAAUUGUAGAAAAUUCCUGCCAGUUGUGGUACAAUAGAAUCUAACAGUAAUCGAUUAUCGAUAAUAUUCAACAAUAUCGAAGACGAUUCAGUGAUGUGGACCUAAAUUGAAUAUUUCAAGUAUUUUUCUUUUGGCAUGUGCCUAAUUCUUUUUUUCAAAAUCCUAACUCUUUUUACUGUUGCACUGAAAACGUUUGGUAUUUAUAUUCUUUCAAUUACACAAUUAUUAUGUCUGCUGUUUGAAACAUAUAUUUUUGUUCUCCAUAUUAUUAAAUAAUUUUGAAGCAAAUAUUGAUUUCAUAACGGGAACAAGUAAUUGUACUAAAUUGUACGAUUUCAAAAAUUAAUAUCCGAAAGUUUCAAUCCUCUGGAAAAAGUUUUCACAUUCAUUGUGCCGGAUACGAGGUUUAUUAAGGAUAGCGCAAGACUAUACUUCCACAACGAGAUCUGAGUGACUUUGUACAAUCAUUUUUAAUUUUGGCUAAACUCUUGAGCUUAUACAUAUAAGAAACAACCCUCUAAGCUGUUCUCAGCAGAACUUAAAAAAAGUAUUUUAUUGCCAGUUGACGACAAUGAAAAAAACUUCUGAUCCUACCAAAAGUGAAUAUAAAUAUAUAAAUUUGUGAAGAGUUAGGUUUUCAAAUUUUAACUUUACUUUUCUGCUGUGAGUUGUAGAAUAAUUUCUUAAUAUUUAUUAUUUCCUUAAAUAUGUUAAAUAUGUAUACGUAUGGUCUGUAGCCAGUGAAUUACAGUAGUGGACAUCGAUUUUUCCUUGUUGUUUUUUUUAUUUAAAUCUUAACACGAAACGUUGAUGGGAAAUUAGGAGUAUGUCUUUAAGUUAAAACUACCUAUUAUAAAAAAUAUACAAUUCGGAAAUUAACAGAGAACACAAUUGACUCAGAAGUGCGAGCGAUAAUCUUUUUAUAAAGUUAUGGCGUGAUUAUAAUAGAUGAAGCAUUUUUAAACGCAAACACGUAACUAAACUUAACUUAAACUUAAACACUGCAAAAGAACAGUACUACAUAUGUAUGUGCUAGGUUUCGAAAUGUACUUAAUUUAGGUGGCAACCUAGUUUCAUUUUAUUUCCUUUUCUCCUAUAGUAAAUGCUCAAAAAUGCAAUCAACGAAAUUAGCUGCCAAUAAAAUAUGAACGAAUUUGAAGGCUUUCUAGAAAACUAAAAUUACGAACGGCACAUUUAAGCAAUUAAGUUCUUUAACCCAUGAUUUUCCUUUUCGUUUAUUUUUCUUUCUGGAGAGAAAAAAUCUCUUUUGCGUGUUAGGCAGUAUUCAUAUAUUAAAUCGUGCGUUUAAAUCGAAUUUCUAACAUAAAAACGUAUUUUAAUUACUAAUUAAAUUUAACUGAUGCAUAAUCUAAUGACAUAUCCAAAUUUGCAAAGAAUUAAGUUAUAAAAUAUGCGUAAACAAAAAGGAGAGUUAAACACUUUGCGACACUUACUAAGAGCUGCGCUAAAAAAGACCAAAUAACUCACACUCUUCAACAAAUACUAUAAUUGCUAUUCGAUUAACGUAGUAAGGCAACAAAAUGAAACGAUUAAAACCGGAAGAUCGAAGAAAAAUUAUAUAAUAUGCGCUUGAAUUACUUUCGAAAUUUACACAAGUAAUUUUUAAUACACAGCCAAGUGUGUGAACUUAAAAUAUACAUAUGUAUGUAUUUAUCAAACGAAAUUAUUAUUAUUCAUUAAAUUAUUUGUUCAAUCGACUUUAUUGUGGCAGAGAAAAUUAACUAGAUAUCAAAAGAACAUUGGAAAUUAUAGACAAUUACAACACAAAUUCGUAGUGCAAAUAUGCAUAUAUUCGUAACGACUUAACUUAGCAAAAGACAAAAUAAAAAAAAAACCAAAAAACAAAGAAUGCAAAAAUGCAAAAGAAAGUAUAAACAGCAAAGAAAUUGCAAAGAAAAACUACGCUUUAAAUGUUGUGUGAUUACAUUUUAAGACAAUUAAUUAAUUAAUUGCAUAAUUUUACGCAAAACGUCGUUUCAUAUAACCAAAGAACAAAAAUGAAUUAAAUCAAAUACAAAUGCUAUUUAUUAACUCUUUAUAUUUAGGGAGAAUAGAUUUUUUUCAUAUAUAGUAGCCGAUUUGUUUUUACUUAGUCAUAAGUGGCAAAAAUUCUGUGCGGAAAAGGUGCUUGUGUGAAUGUGAAAGGUUGGUGAAAAUUGUUGAAAAACUUUAAAUGAACCGCAGAACAACAAAUAUCUUCAAAUAUAUUUGCUUCUAUUUAAAUUCCAAUUUCACUAAAUGCAGCAUGCCUAACUGUACAUUUUUUGUUGCAAUAAAUGGAACAGACGAAUAACUCAUAUUAUUUUUGUAAAGGACGUUUAAUGGAGAACUAUUUUUAGUAAAUAGACUCUUAGACAUUUCUUUUAACGACAAACAUAUGAUUUAUGGAACCAAUGGAGGAAAGUGAGGUUAUCACUAAUUUUGACAAAAAGUAAGAGUUGAAAGGAAUUAAUGAUGUUCAAUUAAUUAAGCAAUCAAACAUUUCACAAAAUAAUACUUUUAUGUAUGAUCUAUUGAACAUUUACAGGCGAUAUUUUCAAAGUCAUAGUAUAGAUUAUGAGACAAUUAAAAUCCAAUAUGUUUAUCUGAAGAUGGAGUUGUUUUUCCAAUGUAAUGAGUUACGUUUUUAUAGAAAAGUAAUACGUUUCUUUAGUUUUCAGAACUAUCAAUGAUUUGGAUAUAAAAAUUGGAAAAAUAUGGUGAGGGAUAUCGAGAAAUAAAUGCGCUUAUGGCCACAUAGUUAAUCAUAACUUUUUUAAGACCUUUGCAUAAGAGUAUUCAAGAACUUACCGUCGGAGGUUCACAUAAAUGUGAUUUUUAUUUAAUAUGAGAAAUUCACGGAUUUGUUGUUCAGAAAGAAGAAUGAUUCACUGAGGAACGAGGAAGAAUGUGCUUUAGGUGAUUAUUUUUUCGGUUUCGACGAUUCGUUUAUGUUGAAUAAACCGAUUAAAGUAAUUUUAAAUGGCAUAGCUACUCGAUUUGCUUAAAUAAGUUGAUGUAUUUUUCAAUUCUGUGAGUAUUCUAAAAUUUAAUUGAACGCGGAUCAUUGUAGACCUUUCCCGAAACCACAGAAGCACCUGAGGAUAGAAAUUUAGCAGACAGCAAAAAGUAAAACGGGCAACACGCUUUACAUGUACAAUAAAAACCAAACAAGUUUUAACUUAAGUAGACAAACAUACAAACAUACAUGUAUAUUAACAUACAUAUAUACAUGAAACGCAUAGGUUAGAAAAAUUAAAAGUCGCUAAAAACUUUAACUUCCGUUUGAGAAAACAAUAAAUAACAAUGCCGUUCCAUACUUUUUAUGAUUAUGUAGCAUUAAAAUAGCAACAAAAGCAAAAACAAAAACGAAAAGAAAAAAUCAUAAAUUACGAAUAACAUACAUACAUACGCAAAUUACAUAUGUAUUAGUGUUGUAAGAGAGAAAUAUUUUUGCAAAAGUGAAAUGUUGAAGGUCAAGUGGAGAGGAGCAGAACUCAGCGCCAAACUGAUAGCGACGAAAAAACGUGCGACGACAUGAGUUGCCGAGCCGAUAAAAUACGAUUUUAGCUUUCAAAGAGAUACUGGAAUACUGGAUAAACAUACAGUAAAUUCAGAUAUAUACCAGAUAUGGUAUUGUACAUACAAACAAACAAACUUACAAAUGACAAAUGGGAAUGCAUACACAAGUACCUUCGGUUUAGGAACCUCAAAAUCAAUAAACAAAACAUUGAUAAAACAAAACAAAAACUAGAUGCAAAAACAAAAACAAAAGCAAAGGCCAUAAAGUAAAUAUGUAUAUGUACAUAUUAUGGUGCCCGUCAUUUCCCCCAAGUUGAUGUUGUUUUUUACCUGACGCACACUGAAGUUACAGUUUUGCCCUAAAAAAUUAUCACACUGAAGCAAACUCUCUAUUUUCGAUAUAAACAUGAGAUUUUUUGAUCUUUCGCAUAAAAUUUUUUACCUGCGAAGCAUUGAGCCCACAAUUUUGAAAAAAAGGAUUUUCUAAUACAAAAUUUUGCGCUCUAUAUAAAAGGUCUGGCUGGUUUCUUUCCAUGAAAACAUUUCUUUAAAAGUUGUAUGCGCCUAAAAGAUACUCAAUUUGGGGAAUAACGGAUACCCUAGCACAUAUGUAUAUGCAAACAUAAAUAGUGGUAACACAUAAGGAUGUAUGUGCAUGCUUCGAAGCUAAAGAGCAAAAAAAAAAACUAUUGGUAAACUUAAACCAAAUAAUUUGUGAACUCAAAAUUUAGUUAAAUCAAACGAAUUAAAAUCAAUAAAGAAUUAAUCAAUAGCAGAAAUAAAAAAAUAAGAAUAAAACGCAGUGCAGCAACAACUUAAAGUGUCUUUAGCGAGUUGAGUAUUUUCUGUUUGGUGGAAAAUGGCGCGUGAUGUGCAAAAAUUGAUAUAAAGAUAAAUUGUGGUAACGUUAAAAAUUCAAAAAAAACAACAACAGUUAUACGUAGUAACCAACCUACAAAUGAAUGUAUACAUAGUUUUUAGGCAUGGAGGAACGCAGAAUACCCAACGGCCACAAAGAACAAACAUACACAUGCAAAUUUGUUAUGUGAGAAUAUAAUAAUGAAAAAAAAAUCGGUGUUUUAGCUUUAAGUGAAAGACAAUUUGGAAAUACUUUGAAUUUACAAGUAUCGCAUCUACAUACUUACUAGCAUAAACUUGUCUACAAACAAACAGAUCCUUAGAAAAUUAACAGAUAAACUGAAGCAGCGAGAAAUAGAAAUAAUAUAUAAAUAUACAUAAACACAUAAAAAAAUAAAGAAAUGCGUAUAUAAAAAACAAAAAACAAAUAUAUAUAUAUACAUAUACAUAAAUAAUAUAAAAUCUAGCGAUGUUUUAAAUUCGAUGUUUUAAAUAUAUGUGUCUGUUUAUGUAACUAUUUAAUGAAGUCAAUACGAAAAAAAAAACAAAAAAUACAAUGAAAAAUUUUUAAAUGUAAACGUUGCUUUAAGAAUUACAACAAACAUAUGCAGACAUACAUACAUAUAUACGAAUUUAAAAAAAAAAACUAUAAAUACAAAUAUAAAAAGACGCUACAUACAUACAUACAUAAAUGCAUUUGAACACACAUUUAAAAGCUUUCUUCAAAAAUUCAACUCAAAACUGAUUUGCCCACCUAACGGUUCUUGUGACUUACAAAAAUUGAGAAUUCACUCCGUUCGACUCAAACAGUUGACAAUUUAUGGACACGCGCAGCACUUGAGACAGCCUUUAGGCUUCAUAUAGCUAGCUCUAACUUGAGACCAAUUUAUUUUACAUAGAAUAUGAGCGAAACCACACAAUAAUAUAUAUUUUCAAUAAUUAACUUGUAGCAUGUUAACUAUUAGUGUUGAAACGCACUCGAUAUAAUAUAUCUGGAACUUAUCGUGAUAACUCAAAGAAAAGUAAAACGAGUUGUUAUUGUAUUGGCAAGAAACAUUCCUGAAGCAAUUUCAAGCAAUUGUGGCGAAUUAAGAGACCUAGGUCGUUCCGGUUACUUAGACCCGACUGUCAUGUGAACGGGUAACGUAAAACGAUAUUAAGGAACAAAGCGUCGGCAUCAGCGUCGACAAGAGAGUUAGCAUACUAAAGUAGCUUUUAGAUACACAAAUUCGAUCUCUUUUUCGAAGGAAAGUUAUUUAAGUGGAAAUUUGGACUUAUUGGUCUGCAUAAUCUCUAUUUCGAUUAGUGCAUAUUUCGUAACGGAGCUCUAAUGUUUCGGUACUUGUGCGAUAAUAAACGUAAAUUGCAAAUUUUCAAAGCGUCAGUGUCCGAGUUGAGGUCCAAAAUCUUCAAGUUGGAAAAAUACAUUGAAAUUUCAAAAUGACCCAUUUUAGCGCCUCGGUAAGAAAAAAUUGGGAAUAUGCAAACAUUAUUAAAAUAUCAGAUUAGCAAAGCAGAUAAUAGCGAUAUUUAUUUAUGUAUGUAUGUAUGAAGAAAAAAAAUUAAAACAAAAGAUAUAGAUAAAAUAUAUAAUCAUGCCGAAAAAAACUGAAAACUUAUACGAAAACAUGUGUAUGUAUGUAAUACAAAAAAGUUUAAAAAUAAAUUGCGUUCGAAGGUAAAGAAAAAAAGUAAUAUUUAAAAAACUCUACGUCUAUAUAUUGAAAUUGUUGCGUAUUACUAUUUAUAUGAAAAAAUUUAUAACUUAAAACUUAAAUUUUACAUUUUCGAAUUACAUUAUAUUACUUUGCGUAUUUUAAAGAGUCUACAAAUUCAAAAAAUGAAAAACUCGAUAUUUAUACACAUGUGUGUAGCAAAACGACGCUACUAACGAGCACUACAAAAGUUUGAAAAAAAAACCAAAAAAAAAACAAAAA